CCCAUAGGGCGUUACCCAACUGUGUAUAAAAGCUGAGGCCGAACCCUAAGCUCAAUUCUCCGUCCAAUUCGCCGUUUCUCUCAUUCGUUUUGUUGUAGAUAAUUUUGAUUCAAAGUGAACGAAAAUGAGUAAAGGAGGAGCCUCGGCCGGCGCCCAGAAGGGAGGGAAGAAGAAGGCAGCAACUUUUGUUAUCGAUUGCUCAAAGCCGGUAGAGGAUAAGAUCAUGGACAUUGCUUCUCUGGAAAAAUUCCUCCAGGAACGCAUCAAGGUCGGAGGAAAGCCCGGUGCACUCGGAGAUUCCGUAACUGUCAUCCGUGACAAGAACAAGAUCUCCGUUACAGCUAACGAGACUAGCUUUUCCAAGAGGUACUUGAAGUACCUGACAAAGAAGUACCUGAAGAAGAACAAUGUGCGUGAUUGGCUCCGAGUGAUAGCAUCUAACAAGGAUCGGACUGUCUAUGAAUUGAGGUACUUCAACAUUGCUGAGAAUGAAGCUGAGGAGGAAGAGUAACGACACAAAUCAGAGUUUUUCUCCUAAGAUUUACACAUCCUUUCAUUGCCUAGUAGAUUUUAUUUGUUUCCACGAUUCCAUCCGUUAAAGACAUUUUUACGGUAUUGCAGUUUCAAUUAUGCUACUUUCUAUUGGAGAACGCCCAUGAGAUUUGCUAUUUUAGAGUAAAAAUGAAUUAUUGACAAGUCUUUUAC